AUGCGCCCGCCUACGCGAUUUGACGACGAAAACAUUCUGCUCCAAGACGGCGACAUAUUGAUUCACUGCGGCGACUUUUCGACAAAGCUUCAGCAGCGAGACUUCGAGGCAGCCGUGGAGGAUUUCGACCGGUUUCUGGGCUCUCUGGGGCACCGGCACAAGCUCGUCAUCGCCGGCAACCACGAGAUCGCCUUUAACCACUACACAAGAGAGCAGAUACAGCGCCGUAUAAGCAACGCGACCUACCUUGAAGACUCCGAGACAACCGUGGAGGGGCUCAAGUUCUACGGGACUCCGUGGACGAACUCGUCCCACAUGGGGUUCAGCUGCAGGGGCGCGCAGCUGGAGGGCGUGUGGUCCGCGAUUCCGGAGGGCGUGGACAUUCUCCUGACGCACAUGCCGCCAUUCAACAGGCUGGAUCUUGCGUUCGACCGCGGCAGCCACGCGAAAGCGGACCCUUGCCCGGUGUGCGGAGAGACUCAUCGAAGCUUCGCGCACUGGGGAAGCUGGAGCCUGACGGACCGAGUGGCCGAGUUGAAGCCAAAGGUCCACGUGUUUGGCCACGUCCACAACUCCCACGGCAUCAUCAGGAAGGACGACACCGUGUACAUAAACGCCGCGCAGGACGAGAACCAGCAGCCCAUAUUCUUCGACAUUUGGGUUUGAUCGCCCAGGGUGUGGCGUUGGCGGAAGCCGUCGCUGCUGUAUAGCGUGCAUGGAAGCCUGCCUGCGGACCGAGCGAAAGCUCUGGGUACAUAAAAUAUAUUUUUUUAAUUUUUUUUUGCGGUGCGUUUGUUUUGUUGUCUAGUGGUGGAUGUUUUUAAGUGGAGAGGUCACACACCGAUUGGCCGGCCUGGAUAAGGGCCUUUUGGGUAUUGCUGUUGCUGU